CACGGCACGGCUACCCGCUGAUUAACCAGUUAGUGGGUUGUUAGCAACUGCUUUGGCUCCAAUCACAUACACAUUUUUUUUUCGAGUUACCGCGAGUGCCAGUGCCGCUGAUAGUGCAUUUAAAGACAGCCUCACGAUUAGCGCCAUUUACUAUUACCGUCAGCUGCUGUCUGCGCUCGCGCCGCUGGCCACGAAUGCUGCGCUGCAGCUCAAUGCCAGCUAUGCCGUUGAGGAGAUCUACGGCAGCGGAAGCGGCAGCGGCAGUGGCGAUGGGCUUAACGGUAGUGAUCUCUACAUUUAUAGCAAUGAGCUGGAUCCGGAGCCGACACCAGCAUCACCGGCGCGAUCGAUGUCCGGAUCGCUGGCAUCGGAGGCAACAAUGACAUCGGCUACUGCAUCCGCUACGGUAAUGCCCACGCCCUUGGUGCCGUCUAACCGUAGCAUGUCGCGGGUGAUCGCUGAUGUGCCCAUCUGGGUGAUACCCUGCUACAGCAUUAUUCUGCUUUGCGCCGUCGUGGGAAAUCUGCUGGUGGUGCUCACCCUGGUGCAGAAUCGCCGCAUGCGCACCAUUACCAAUGUUUUUCUGCUCAAUCUGGCCAUCUCAGACAUAUUGCUGGGCGUGCUCUGCAUGCCCGUGACCCUGGUCGGAACGCUGCUGCGCAACUUUAUCUUUGGUGAAUCCCUCUGCAAGCUCAUCCAGUUCGCUCAAGCCGCUUCGGUGGCAGUUUCCUCUUGGACCUUGGUGGCCAUAUCCUGCGAGCGCUACUAUGCCAUUUGCCAUCCGCUAAGAUCUCGCACCUGGCAGACCAUCAAUCAUGCCAACAAGAUCAUCGCCUUCAUCUGGCUGGGCAGUCUGGUCUGCAUGACACCGAUCGCGAUAUUUAGCCAACUAAUGCCGACCAGUCGUCAGGGGUUGCGCAAAUGCCGGGAGCAGUGGCCUGCCAACUCUUUGGGCUAUGAGCGGGCGUACAACAUAUUUCUCAAUCUGGCGCUUCUCGUACUACCGCUAAUGGCGCUCAGCUUUGCCUAUCUGUUUAUCACGCGGACUCUCUAUGUGAGCAUGCGCAACGAGCGCGCCAUGAACUUUGGCAGCAGCGGCCCCGACGUCGGCCUCACCACCAACAGCAGCAGCAGCAACAACAACAGCAGCUGCACCGGCAUCCGGCGCACCUACGGUAACUCCAACUACUUGAUGCGCAUGCAGAUGCGCCAGGAAGCACUGGCCAUCGAUGGCAGCGCAAAGCUGGAUAUGCUCCUUCAGCAGCAGAAAGCAAGCGGACCACCGCAGUACUAUUAUGCGGAAGGCUACACACAAGGCGGCAGCAAGCGCCGCUUGUUCGGCUCCUGCGAUGGCCGGCGUCAUCUUUACUGCAUGCGCAGUGCCUCGGUCAAGUCGCUGCGCCAACAGCAACAACAGCAGCAACAACUUGGCGGAUCUGGAGACUGCUGUGCCCGAAUGCAGCGAAUGCGGCAGCAGCAGCUCAACAUGACCGCGGGCAACGAUGGAGAGCGGCGCAAGUCGUUGUCCACGCCCAGUUUGCGUAUCACGGAGGCGACACUGCGCAGAUCCAACGAGAGCAAGAGCUUGGAGAGCAAGAAGCGGGUGGUAAAGAUGCUGUUUGUGCUGGUGCUGGAGUUCUUCAUAUGUUGGACGCCGCUGUACGUGAUCAAUACGAUGACUAUGCUGAUUGGGCCCGUUGUGUAUGAGUAUGUGGAUUAUACGGCCAUAAGCUUCUUGCAGCUGCUGGCCUACUCGUCCAGCUGUUGUAAUCCGAUCACCUAUUGCUUCAUGAAUGCGAGCUUCCGGCGUGCCUUUGUUGACACCUUUAAGGGCAUGCGACUGUGCGAUGGCGGACGUUUUGGAUUUUGUCGACGCCGUUCCAAGAAUGAGACGAACCUAUCGGUUGCUGGCAACUCGAUUGCGCUGGCCAAUUCGGCCAUGUCCAGCCACACCAUACUGGAGAGUCCGCGCCUCUGAGGCAGCCGGCGUCAGCAUCAGAGGCCGCGCACACUGACGCGGAAGCUGGACAGGGACAAGGAUAGGGACAGGGAGAGGGACAGGGACACAGUCAAAAUCAGGGGCAGGAAUGCAACGGGUGAGAGGCUGAUGGAAACAGAGUCACUCUAAAAUAAGUAUGUGAUGUGCAAGAAAUUGAAACUGUGGUUGUCAACGAUUCUACUACAAGUAAGUUGUGUUUGGUAUGGAUAAAACUAAUAUUAUGUUUGGGUUUCUAUGGCAUCAGUAGCUGCAUCA